AUGAAAAAUUGUCAGAAGUUUGGAUAUUAUCAAGAAAUGAACGAGGAACACGAGUUCAAUGACUGCAACCAAAAGAAUGUUAACAACCGUUACAGUCUCUGCAAAUGUUUCCAACAUUUUGGAAAUCAGCUACUUUCGUUAAUUAAUAACCGGUGUUGGCGAAGGCGUUCGGUGGAAGUGCUGGCCGGAGCCGCUGUCGGCUGGCUGAGAGAGACCGGAGAUGGAGUUUGCUUACACACGGGCAGAUGUCUGAACUUCUUAUCGUUUUAUUUGGAACAGUUGAGAGUUUUUGGAUACGGACAACCAUUGAAACAUAGGUCAUUACAACAGUUUUUGGAUACGGACAACCAUUGAAACAUAUAGUCCAAGGGAAAUCAUGCAUCAGUACUCAGAUUACACACAUAUAUAUUGGCUCUGAAAUUACAUUAAUGAAAAAAAUAGCAACAUACUUAUAUUUAUUUGUGUUCUAUGUCACCCUACUUUCAUUACUUUCUAUUACGACAUUGUAUUGUUUUAUUGUAGGGGCAAUUCGGUAUAAUGGGAUUUAACGAAAUUUAUAAUUAAUUUAUAUUAAUUAUAUACAAAUAAAUAAUAUUCUAUUAUAAUUUUAUAAUACAUAAUAUUUAGAACUAUCGUAAUAACAAUAUAUAUAAUAAUACUAAAUAAUAGUAGUAUUUGUUAAAAGUAUUUGACAAUUCAUAUAAGUUAUAAUCUUUGUUGGGGUCCUUUGGAUCACCUGAAACAAGAAGCAAAAAAGUAUGUUACUUUUAUUGUAUAUGUGUUUUUAUUUUACGAUUUAUAUUUUAUGGAAGUGUGUUUGAUGUGUUUGUGGUUGUGAUGCAGGGCUGAUUUUAAAGGAGCCAGUAUGAGUCGACAGGAGUUUGGAAGUGGAAGAGCUGUUGAAACUUCUCUUUCAUCAUCUCCUUCAUUGAAAGGGAAAAGAGAUGUGAUGGCUAAACAUUCAGAGGCAAUGGACUUCAGAGAUUGGUGCAAAAAUGAAUGUGUGAAGCUUCUUGGAUCCAAAGGCCUCCUAAGAGGUUUUUGCUGACAAGAGAAAAAAAACGAACACAGCGCCAACGGCGCGCAUGAUUCCCCUCUAGUUUCUAUUAAAACCUCCGAUUCAUAAUGAAAGUAAAAUUACAGAUAUGGUAUGUAAUUAUAUAAAAUUGAAAUGGUUUCUGUUCAUUCAUUUUGCAAAAACUACAUAAAUAGUCCUUACAUUUUCUAGGAAUUAGAAAAAAAUACAGAAAUAGUCCCUGUCCUUACUUUUUGUAGGCCACCAC